CGGACAUUGAGGAAGUAAAGGGGUGUAAACACAAACCCCAAACUCUCUCACUGCCAUACCUGGUAAGUACGGAGUAGAUAUUCAAGACACCUGCAAAAUCUCCACAUCACCAAGACUGAAAGGUCUGAGUAUGAGCGCACAAAAUGUUGGAUCCAGGGAUGGACAUCAGGCUUUCAGGCUGCACAUGGUCACAUGGAAUGUUGGCACAGCAGAGCCACCAGCUGAUGUGAGGUCAUUACUGCAGCUUGACUUGCAGCCGGCUGUUGACCUCUUUGUGAUUGGUCUACAGGAAGUGAAUGCCACUCCAGUGCAGUAUAUCUCUGAUCUAAUUUAUGAGGACUCAUGGAGUCACCUUCUCAUGGAUACUCUGGCACCAAUGGGAUAUAUCAAGGUGACUUCAGUGAGGAUGCAGGGUUUGCUGCUGAUACUGUUUGCAAAGCAGGUCCACCUGCCUUUCAUCAGAGACAUCCAAAGUACAUACACCCGCACAGGCCUGUUUGGAUACUGGGGAAAUAAAGGUGGUGUGUCUGUGCGUUUCUCAUUCUAUGGUCACAUGCUGUGUUUUCUGAACUGUCAUCUGGCAGCUCAUAUGAACUACGCCCUGCAACGCAUGGACGAAUUUGAAUAUAUACUUGACAGACAAGACUUCGAUAUGUACAACACACCACAAGUGCUUGACCACAAACUCGUUUUCUGGUUCGGUGAUCUGAACUUUCGUAUCGCUGACCAUGGGAUGCACUUUCUCCGCUCCUCAGUCAACAAUAGCCGAUUUAACCUGCUGUGGAACAGAGAUCAGUUGACCAUGAUGAAGAAAAAAGAACCUAUUCUGCAGGAGUUUGAGGAGGGACCGUUGUGUUUUAAACCUACGUAUAAGUUUGACCGUUUCUCUGAGACUUACGAUACAAGAGCACCGAGGACAUGGUUUGGCUUUGUUGGUAAAAAGCGGAAGCCUGCUUGGACGGAUCGUAUCUUGUGGAGGAUAAAACCCAAAGCUAUAGAGACUGUGGAUGAGUAUAAUUCGACAUCAUCAUCAGCUGACGAUGAUGAGUAUCCUAUUAAGGUGACGCAGGACAUGUACACUUGCGAUGUCUCGUAUGGGGUCAGUGACCACAAACCCGUCAUUGCAACCUUCGAUCUGGAGAUGAGAAAAAAGGUGGAGACGCCUCUAGUCACACUAACCGUGGAGGGACACUGGAGUGCAGAUGAAGAUGCCACAUUCACCUACACCAUUCUGGAAAAAUUUGAGUCUUCAACCUGGGAUUGGAUCGGAUUGUACAAGAUUGGCUUCAGAAGUGCCUCCCAUUACUCCACCUUCGCUUGGGUCAAAGAUGAUGAAGUGGCUGCCAACGGCGAAGUCGUGACGGUCCAGAUGAAUAAAAAUGAGCUCCCCCUGCUGGCUGGGGAUUAUGUUCUUGGCUAUUUCAGCACCAACAUGCAAACCCUCAUUGCCUUUAGUCCUACUUUCCUGAUUCUCGAGUCUCGACUAGCUGUAAUGGAGGGUCUGCUUCCUGAGAAAAUCAACGGACAUGAGAAGUAGCUGGAUAUCUUCUAACCUCGUGUGUAAAAAUCACAACAGGAUCUGAUUUGAGAUCAUAUU